CGUCCCCCUUCCUUCCUGUACCCCGGUUGAGGAAGUGAAUUCGCUGACAAGGCUGGGUUCAGUGAGGGAGGCGAAACAACAUCUAUCUGGUGGGGGUAAAAACAACAAUAGCAUAGACGAACAAGUCGUACAAGCACAAUACAACGAACGUGUAAAGCCAUCGGCGAAAACAUAUUUGCCCUCCGAGAUCGUCACCGAGCGCCGCAGACAUGAAUGACCAGCAGCUGGAUUGUGCUCUGGACCUGAUGAGGCGUCUGCCUCCCCAGCAGAUCGAGAAGAACCUCAGUGACCUCAUCGACUUGGUGCCCAGUCUAUGUGAGGACCUGCUCUCCUCUGUGGACCAGCCUCUGAAGAUCGCCCGGGACAAAGUGGUGGGCAAAGACUACCUGCUCUGUGACUACAACAGAGAUGGUGACUCCUACAGAUCCCCAUGGAGUAAUAAGUAUGAGCCUCCCAUCGACGAUGGUGCCAUGCCAUCUGCCCGCCUGCGCAAACUAGAGGUUGAGGCCAACAACGCUUUCGACCAGUACAGAGACCUGUAUUUUGAGGGCGGUGUUUCCUCUGUAUACCUGUGGGACUUGGAUCAUGGCUUCGCCGGGGUCAUCCUCAUCAAGAAGGCCGGAGACGGCUCCAAGAAGAUCAAAGGCUGCUGGGACUCCAUCCAUGUGGUGGAGGUGCAGGAGAAGUCCAGCGGACGGACCGCUCACUACAAACUCACCUCCACUGUCAUGCUGUGGCUUCAGACGACCAAGACCGGGUCCGGAACCAUGAACCUGGGUGGCAGUCUGACAAGACAGAUGGAGAAAGACGAGACAGUUGGAGAGUCCUCCCCACACAUUGCCAACAUUGGCCGCCUGGUGGAGGAUAUGGAGAAUAAGAUUCGCUCCACUCUCAAUGAGAUCUACUUUGGGAAGACCAAGGACAUCGUCAAUGGCUUGAGAUCUAUUGACUCUUUGCCUGAUAACCAAAAGUACCGGCAGCUCCAGAAGGAGCUGUCUCAGGUCCUCACCCAGCGCCAGAUCUUCAUUGACUAGGGCCAGAGGAGUGUUCAGACCCUGGCUGACAAAUCGAAGCAGGAGGCUCUGAAGAACGACCUGAUGGUGGCACUUAAACGCAAACAGCAAAGCUAGAGAUGCUAUUGUUAUUUUUUCUGUCUUUCUCUGUCUGUUCCUCUCACACCCUCUCCACCUCUCCCGCCAUAUUUUUUCUGUUUGUAUCUCUCCUUCCAUCCCUGUAUGCCUGUUUCAGUGCAGCGUCCUUGUUCAUUCAUGGAAAAACAAAAAAAGGAGAAAAAUGCUUAGCUUUUUCCCCAUUUUUUAUUUUUAUUUGCACGCAUUGUUUUGAGGCAUCUCAUUCUCUAUGGAGCCAUUCACCUUCUCGCUCUCUCUGACUUGUUAUGAGUAUUAUGACAGUUAAUGAUAAUCUUAGUGUGACGGCAAUGUUUUUAUCCCUAUAGCGCUCUCACAGCUGAGUCAGUUUUGAAUGAGUGACAUCAGCUCUCCUAUCCUCUGGUUAAGGGACGGGGCUGACGGACUGUUCUGUAGAUGGAGCAGGCUGGGCAUUCAAACAUUACAUUUUUACCAACAUUUUCUUACUUGCACCCAUUAUAUCAAAGUGUCUAUGCCACCACCUUAUAUAUCUGUAUGGACAUAUAGCUGUCAAUAUAGCUGUCAAUUUCCUGAGCGAUGUAUUGGAGGGAACGGAAUGGGAGAGGGCGUCUCACGAUAUUAUGUAUUGUCAGGAUUGGUCAACGGUUUGCUCUUUGUCCCACUCUAUCCUCAUGUGUUGAGUCUGUGGGAGCAUGGGAUCUUGGGAUGGCUAGAUGGAGAUGUAGACUGCUAAAACAUGGGGAUGGACUGUUAAAUUCACUGUGUAUACCCAUGUCAUUAACCCCCCCCUACACUGUGUAUAACAUGACGAUUUGCAUCCCUCUGUCCCUCUCUCUUUCUCUCUUUCACCCUUGUCUAUGUUGGGGUUCACAGUUUGUCUUUUUGCGUCUUGACAGAAGCUUUUGACAGUUUCUGUUUUGGGGGGAAUCCUUUGUUGUAUUUUGUUUUAAUUUUGUAAAGCUUAUGAUUCAUAUUGUAUUAGAGCCUCCAACAACAAUAAAAACAGUAAAAAGCUA